UACAAGUUAAACCUGUUUGGAGUUGUGCGCCGGGAGUUUCUAUCAAUCGCUGCGCGGAAAUGCGAGCUUUCGAUAUUGCAGCAACUGGAUCACAUCAACAUGCCACAACCCUCCGAGACACAGCCCUACGAGACACGAGACUCGAUCAAAGACAUAUGGGGCCCUCGCACCCCUUACAAACAUGAAUGGCCGACUAGAUGCGACGAACAUACCAUUGACACCCCUGACAAAUGGGUCCAAAGUGCCUGUGUUCUCUGUAGGUCAGUAUACCACCAUUCACCCUAAGUCGCCCAGGCCCUAACAAUAGAGAAAGUAAUGGAUGCGGAAUGGACGUCGGGGUCAAGGACGGCAAGAUAGUUGGCGUGCGCGGCCGCCUCGCUGAUCGGGUCAACAGAGGCAGAUUGGGCCCAAAAGGACUGCACGGGUACGCUUGCUCAUGGCCAUUCUGUGACGUGAUUUGGUGCUAAAGCCUACAGGUGGACGUCAAUCUCGCAUCCAGAUCGGCUUAAGUGGCCGCUUAUUCGGCGGAAUGGUCAACUUGAACGCGCUACUUGGGGUGAGGCGAUGGAUUUGAUUGUCAGACGAACGCAGGAGAUCCGUUCGUGCCUCACGAAUCAUGGCAUCGGGUUCUACACGUCUGGGCAAUUGUUCCUAGAAGAGUACUAUGUGUUAGCUAUGGUUGGGAAAGCCGGGCUGAAUACCUUGCAUAUGUAGGUAUUCGUUGCCCCCCCACCCCCCCUCCUAGUUCCGUGAACGUUUUGGUCAAGCUUCAGUUGCUUGAUUUUGAUCGCGAAUGAGUCAAGCUAACUCGCUCAGGGAUGGUAAUACCAGGCUUUGCACAGCGACAGCAGCAGCCUCAAUGCGAGAGUCGUUUGGGUCCGAUGGCCAGCCAGGUUCCUAUUCCGACGUUGACUAUACCAAUUGUUUGUUCAUGGUAGGCCACAAUGUUUCAGCAACUCAGACAGUCCUCUGGUCUCGCAUCUUGGAUAGACUUGAUGGUCCAGAUCCGCCCAAGCUUAUCGUAGUCGAUCCAAGGAGGUCUGAGACUGCAAAACGAGCAACAGUCCACCUAGCAGCCAGGAAUGGGACAAAUUUAGCUCUGCUAAAUGGAAUUCAGAACUGUCUGUUUCAGAAUGAUUGGGUCAAUUGGGACUACGUCCAAGCACACGCCGUUGGGCUGGAUGAACUGCGGAAGACGGUCGAGAAAUACACCCCGGAGUACGUGGAACGCAUUACCGGGGUUUCCAAGGCGAAGUUGGAGGAGGCAGCUCGGAUCAUUGGAACAACAGACGCACUUCUGUCGACCGCCCUACAGGGAGUCUACCAAUCGAAUCAGGCAACUGCGAGCGCAUGUCAAAUCAAUAACAUCAAUCUUCUUCGCGGGCUGAUCGGUAAACCGGGAUCUGGGAUUCUGCAGAUGAACGGCCAGCCCACGGCGCAGAACAAUAGGGAGACCGGAUGCGACGGAGAGUUUCCUGGGUUUCGGAAUCACGAGAACAAAGCACAUAUGCAGGAGAUCGCAGAUCACUGGAACAUUGACUACAUCAAGAUGCCCCAUUGGAACCAACCCACACACAUCCAGAAUAUGCUCAAAUUCAUCGAAAAUGGGAGUAUAGAGAUGCUGUGGGUCUCUGGCACAAACCCAAUGGUCAGCUUGCCGCACCUUGCCAAAGUUCGUAAGCUCUUGACAAAGCCAGACCUCUUCCUUGUGUGUCAGGAUAUCUUCCCAACCGAGACGACUGCAGUGGCGGACGUCGUGUUGCCCGCCGCACAGUGGUCUGAAAAGACCGGAUGCUUCACUAACGCUGAUCGCACGAUGCAUCUAGCCAACAAGGCGGUCGAUCCCCCAGGUGAGGCUCGGUCUGAUCUGGACAUUUUUCUGGAUUUCGCGCGGAGGAUGGAGUUCAAAGACAAAGAAGGCAACCCCUUGUGUCCGUACAAGGAGCCUGAAGAGGUGUUCGAGGCUUGGAAAAGGAUGUCAUUCGACAGACCGUGCGAUUGCAGCGCCCUCUCUUACGCAAAGCUGCAGGGUGGGUCUGGUAUCACCUGGCCGUGUACGGCUGAAUAUCCCUUAGGUCGCGAGCGCCUUUUCGAUGACGGAAAGUUCUUCACGGAUGAAGACUACUGUGAGAGCUAUGGUCAUGAUCUGGAAACGGGAGCGCCCUUUACCAAAGCCCAGUAUACGGCGAUGGCACCAGCCGGACGCGCAAUUCUAAAAUCUGCCCAUUACAUGCCCCCAAGGGAAGAGCCAGAUGAAAACUUCCCACUGCGGCUGUCAACGGGGCGGAACGUGUAUCACUUCCACACGCGUACCAAGACAGCUCGCAACCAGCGCCUACGACAGGCAUACAAGGAGCCAUCGGUGCAAGUUUCCAAGACCGACGCACAGGCGUUACAACUGAUGGAUGGAGAGAUGGUCGUCGUUAAGUCCAGGAGGGGCCAGGUCCAGCUACCUGUUUCCAUUGGUGUGAUUGAGGAUGGUCAUGUGUUUAUCACAUUUCACUUCGGCGAUCUUGAUAGUGAUGGAAGAGCUCGUGCGGCGAAUGAGCUGACUAUAGGUACUGUUUCUUAG